GAUCACUGAUCAACGGAAAGAGCCAAAGAUGUCGGUUCGGUAAUGUAAUCAGCUGUGUCCAAUCACAGCUGAUCGCAUGGGACAUGUACACUGAUGAUCAGGGCAAUGAUGAUCAGUGUGCCCUGAUGAUCAGUGUAGCCCCAGCAGUGCCACCUGUCAGUGUCCAUCAAUGCCACCUGUCAGUGGUCAUCAAUGCCACCUGUCAGUGUCCAUCAAUGCCACCUGUCAGUGUUCAUCAAUGCCACCUGUCAGUGCUCAUCAAUGCCACCUGCCAGUGCUACAUCAAUGCCACAUAUCAGUGCCUACCAGUGCACAUCAAUGCCACAUAUCAUUGCCCAUCUGAGCUACCUUUCAGUGUCACCUAUUAGUGCCAGUCAGUGCCACCUAUCAAUGCCAGUCAGUGCCACCAAUCAGUACUGCCAAUCAGUGCCAACUAUCAGUGCCAGCCAGUGCCACCUAUCAGUACCACCUAACAGUGCCCUAACAGUGCCAGUCAGUGCCGCCUAACAGUGCCAGUCAGUGCCCCAUUUCAGUGCCAGUCAUUGCGCCUAUCAGUGCCACCUAUUAGUGCUGCCUAUCAGUGCCAUAUAUGAGUGCUGCGUUUCAGUGCCCAUCAGUGAUGCCUGUCAAUGCCUGUCAGUG